UAUUCGCGAAGCCAUUUGCGUAAUCGCGUUAUACCAUGGUAGCAACGGAGGCUAGGGAGAGAAUCCCAAGUUGUUGGAGCCGCGCGAAAGAGGAAGCCUGAGAGCUCGGGCGCUGAUGAUGAUGCGAUCCUUCUUCUACCCCCUCGCUUCCCUCUUCCGCCUCCGUCUCUCUUCUCCUUAUUCUCCUCCUCCUUUAAAAGCCGUAUUGCCUUCCGUCUCUUUUCGGAGGCGUGGGUAUAUUCCUCCGCUGCCGCAUCCGGCCGCGACGAGGCUCGAGCUGCGGCGCGGUGGACCGCCCCGACAUGGAGGCGCCCCGGCGAGUAAGUUGUGCAGCGUGCGGGCGGCGCACGUUUCGGACUCCGGCUCAACUGAUUCCCCCAUGAUGCGGUCGAUGGAGAAGAAGAUCAAGGAGCAACUAGAUGCAGAUAUCGUUGUAGUCAAGGAUGCAUAUGGAGAUGGUCGACAUGUCAGCAUCGAUGUAAUUUCAAAGGCAUUUGAGGGACAAUCUGCAGUAAAUAGGCAGAGGAUGGUGUAUAAAGCUAUAUGGGAGGAGCUUCAGAGUACAGUGCAUGCUGUUGACCAAAUGACUACCAGAACUCCUGCUGAAGCCGCUGCUGAAAGUUAAUUAUCAUGGGUAAGAGCGAAAAUGCCUGGAUAAGGUUCCUCAUUUCAUGGGAGUACUAGGGGCCGUUUAGCAUUGGAUUUCUUCUAUUUUUCGCAUAUGGCUUUUGCUCUGUAACACUUUUCCUACCAUUUUAAAGCACUUAUUUUUUUUGCUGGAGCAAUUAUUCGCCUAUGGGACCACUUUCUGAGAAUUCUUCUUUAUGUACUUGUCAUACGAAGCUAUACUAAAGUAUGAUAACCAGCGCAUUGUGAAGGUGUGGCAACGAUAGAUGCGUAUGGUAGGGGCAGGGAUUAGAUCUUGAUGACAUAGGAAUGGAGGCAAGGGAAGAAGGGAUUGUUGUUGGAGGAAGAAAGGAUGCGAGGCAGUUGGAAAUUCAGCCCCACAGCCGUCCAGAAGAAAGUUUGCAUCAGAGAAUAGCAAUAAUAAAUUGGAAAUAAAGUCUGAUAAGUUUUUGGAUCAUGGUGACCUCUUUCACAUGGUUUCAGUUUGGUUUUGUAAUUUACAACUUGCUUUCUCUUGAUGAAUUGUAUUUUGCUGGACAGAAGGGAAAUAACUUAUGAGUUUAUAUGUUUUG